UCGUUUCGUUUGGCAGCUAUUUUCUAAAAAUCGAUUGUUAAAUGAUCUUAAAAUUGCUGAAAAGUAUUCGAAAAGUGUAGUUGAAGUGUUUAUACGGUAUUUUGUGUUGGAAUAAGCUGUGGAAAAGUGUUUUCUAUGGCGGAAAAGUUUAUCUAAAAAAGGUUGAAUCACACGGGAAGUGCAGAAAAGCUAUCCGCACCUACAAGUUUUGUCAGUGGAUCAAUAUAUUGUGUUUCUCAACGUACAUAGGCUGCUGGUGAGCAGAGCACUUAUACGCCUAUAUACAAUAUAUCGCGUUUAGCCGUUCUGCUGUAUGGUUAUGUAGCGUAAUCACUUGUAUGACAAGAGAAUGCGCCUGCGAGUGUAUGAAAAAUACUAACCACACAACGCAAAUGAAACAUUGUUAUGAAAACCAAAUAUCAUUCACGUAAAUAAUUAGUUUUUUUUGUGGCUUCUCUGGCAAAGUAUUCUGCUUGCUGCUUCAUAUCGAAGGCCUGUGUGAAAGUGAGGAUUACGGAAAACAGUUCAAGAGAAGAAAACUUGUUUCGCAAGAAGACCAUGAAAGAUUGAAAUCAAGGCAAAUGAAUUUAACCGAAUGAAUCGGCCUCGAAAUAAUCGUGCAAUGAUUCAUUCCGCCAUAGAAUAAAAACAUUUGGCUAUCGUCGUUACCCUAACUUCACUUCCAAUGGUGCAGACCCGUAUCGAUUUGUGAACUAGACAGUGUGAAACACAAGCAACAACACUAGCAAAGCAGUUCAACAUCAUAGUUCGGUGUAGCGCACCAUUUUGGGGCGCACUUUGUUUGAAACAGGAAGCACGUGCCAGCAGCGAACAGCCGAACUGCCGCAGUUUCUACACACUAAAUUACGUCGUCAUCUGUUGGUAGUAUUCCAAAACGUCAUCAUUACACGUCGCUGAGCCUGGGCGGUCUAGAGGCACAGCAUAACACAACAUAAAGCAGCAAACGAAGUUUUACACUCGCUCUCUGCUGUUCACAUCAGACUGCGGCUUAUCGCUCCCCUAUUCGCUGCUAGUUUAUUACGUGUCUUCGAAUUUCGUCUUUGUUGUGCUGGUUAGUCAGUAGUGUAUGUGUGAAUGGUAAUCAUCAUAUGUGUAGCAGCUGUGUUGAUGUGUAUGGAAAAUAAGCGUAACCCUAUUAAACUGUAAGUCUACCUCAUGAAUGGAGUAGACACCACCCGUAUGGAAAUAUCGGGACAAAUUCAAAUCACAUUGUAACGCAAUUCACUCGCGCGCGAUUCUGUUCGUUUUUUCUUUUAUGCCCAACAAAAUAAAGCAUCGCGUGUUAACCAUAACGAACGUAAUUUAAAAAAUUAGCUGUUGGUUAACUUCAGUGGUGUGACAAAGAAAUAUUAUCAACGACAACGAUGAGUCAAUGAAUGCCAAGUGAAAAUAAACAGAACAUCAAAAGUGCUGAGAAAACAAACAUUACCAGACGAAGAAACGAACGUUCCGGUGUUCUUAUAUGCGCUAUAUAGACUUUUGAACAGAAUCACACACCAAACCAGACGACGUUUGACAAAGGAUUAUUCGCAAACUAAGGUAUUAGGCUAGUUUGAGAGUACAGCGCGAAGCAAAUAAGAAAAAUAGACAUAGCCACUGCUACAAUAAAGCAGCCCAACAAAACAAUGAAUCCAGGCCAUUCUGGAACGUCAAGGCGGCCCUAUUCACGGGGAGCCGCCCCGAGAAAUCGGUCCCGUAUGCCGUUCUCACCCCAUCAUUCACAUCAUUCCAAUCGCAACCACGGUGGUCACAAUCAGACGUGGUACAAUAAGGACAUGGAAAAUGGCUUCAAUUAUGGUGAUAAUAACGGGAGUAGUCCUAAAGAAUCCUUCACAUAUUCACCAAAAUCCUCACCAAUGCAAUUACAUUCCACUCCAAUCACCAAUCGUCCAAUCUUAAUGCCUUACGGUGCUACUGAUGAUGGUAGUGUUAAUAAUAGAUCUCAACAAAUUCUUAGAGCCGGACCAAGUCAUAAUGACCGCCGUAAUAACAUGAGUAUGCUGGAUAGAAACCGGCAUACAAUGAGUGCUUCAACCGUUGAUCGACAUUCGAUUCACUUUGAAGGACCUUCGAAUUCUGCUCGGGGGUCAGAUUUGCAUACGCAUUUGGAUACAAGGUCUGUUCUGUCUAUGGAUUCGAUGCGGAAUGGACGUGAAAACAAUCGAGAGCGUAUAAGUCCGCCAUACCAUCCGGGUAGCAGUUCGCACUCGAACAACCAUCAAACACCAAGUCCUUCGUACGGUUCCGAUGGCAACAACGGUAUAAAAUCUGACAGUCCUUCCCGAAAAAGACGCCGUGUUCAAAGAAUGCCUAGUCAAUCCCCGCCAGCAAUAUGGGAACAUCGGAGAUCUCCUCGAAAUAAUAAUAAUAAUCAUCAUAACAAUCAUCAUAAUCAUCCACCACAACAACAACAGCAGUCUAUGCAUAUAAAUCAGCAUCACCAGAAUUCGCACAACCAUUUGCAUUUGCCGCAACAUCAGCCGGCACAACUGCAACAGGGUAGUCCACCUUUGCGUAGACCGAGAUUCCGUGAUCAACCGCGUCCCUGGGAGCCAAUGCCGCAGGUAUUCCAACAACCAUCGCCACCUCAACCACAACACCAGCAUCCUUCCCUUAUGGUCGAUAUUAAUCAAGUUCCUGUAAGCCUUCCAUUGGGUCACCACGAACAGGUGUGGACAUACUCAACGGGACCACAUAUUUCAAUAUGCUCAGGACAUCCAGCGGCACCACAUAUACCGCCUUGCCAAGUUCAUGGAGUGUACUCGCAACCAUUUGCUCAAGCAUGUAAUAUCGGUGGACACUUUGGUCCAUUUGCAUCCACUCCGACUGCACUAGCUGUUCCACAUCCGCAGCCUCAUCAGCCACAUUAUCAGCAUCCACAUUUAGCGCAACAGCGAGCUGACGGAUUUUCACUGGAUGGUUUGGACCAUACUAGUGCCUCGCCACUACAUGUAUCUCCGCUUGCUGCUGCCCAUAUUCAUUCUUCGCCGCAAAUGGCUCAAAUUUCACCACCGCAACCUAUUUAUAUAUCGACCGAAGUAAGUAUACAAGUUAGUAAAGAACCGGGCGUUUCAGAUGUUUCAUAUUAUUUUCCAAUAUCGACCGUGUUAAAUAUUCUCCAGGGUCGUACCAGUCAGUUCGAGCUGCUCCACAGAACGGCUCGACGCGCAAUAACCGCACCACGUCGGAAUUUCACUCGGUUCCAUUGGCCAGCACCGCCGCCGACACAUCCCCAUGCUCAUCCUGCUCAUCGUCAUGCCAGCCUGCCGCAUCAAACGCUGGCCCCACAGCCCACACAGGUUUCAUUGUCCGCCACACCGUCCGCCUACUCUGGCAUCCUGUUAAACUUUUUAGCCAUGUUCCCGCUGUCUACGUACGGCCAACCUGACUUGAACUCGCCGGACUCUAAUGAAACGGAAAACUACGAAGCCUUGCUUAGCCUGGCGGAACGUUUAGGAGAAGCAAAACCACGUGGCCUUGCGCGGCCUGAAAUAGAUCAGCUGCCAAGCUACAAAUUUAAUGCGGAAACUCAUACAGGGGAUCAAACGUCGUGCGUGGUAUGCAUGUGCGAUUUUGAAGCACGACAAAUCUUGAGAGUUUUACCUUGUUCUCACGAAUUUCACGCAAAAUGUGUCGACAAAUGGCUUAGGUCUAACCGAACCUGCCCCAUCUGCCGUGGUAACGCAUCCGAAUAUUUCGAGAGCAGCGAAGAACAAUAAACGACGGUCUCGGGUAGACGUAGUUUUAGACAUUUGUCCUCUUUAGCUCCAUUUCUUUGGAAAGCGAUCCUGACGUUGUACGCCUAAAAAGACGCCACUGCUUAAUAUUCGUAAAUGUGCUGACAAAUUAGUAUCAUAAUCUGAGAAAAUAUCACCACAAACGCAACAGUUCUAUCAUUGAUACGGGACAGCAAAUGGUAGGAGUUGUAAUGGAAUGAAAAUAUUAUUAUUAUGUAUACGUUUUAUUCGUUCGGCAUGGUAUAUUAUAUAAAGUUUGGCUAUCAUAUGUGAUUCGAAAGCAUUUUGAAAUUUAAUAAGAGAAUGCACCCAACAGAAAACGACUAAACAUGUGGUAGAAAGAGCGUUUUAGCACACCUAUAUGGUUUACAAUAGAGUGUACGGUAUAGUUUAACAAGUUAGUUUAUUUUCAUAUAAAUAAGAACUGUUUUUAAAAACAAAUACAUAGACUUCAAAUUUUUGGAUUAACGUCAAAACGUUGUCUAGCAAAAGCACCAGCCUCGAAGACAUUCUCAAGUAGCAAUAAAGCAAUUUUAUACCCAGUGAACCAUAUUUUUAGAACAGAGAAACUAGUGUUAAGUGGUUCUUAUAAAGGUAAAACACAUCUAUUCACUUCUCCUUCCUAAUAAUAUUGAAUUCUAAAUUUUCUAUUUUUGGUAUAUACUAGAACAUAACAGAGAGACAACGUGUUACAACUCAACGUAUGGUGUGAACAACAACGCAUAUUGUUAGCUUUAUAUUUGUAAUCAUUCAAUGUAUAAACCAAGAAAGCAAACAAAAAUAUCGGUGUGAUUGAAACGUUAGUAGAUAUUUCGAAGUUAUUAUUCAAAGUAGUGAGACAGAUUAAACAUUUUCUCGAAACCAGCCACCGAGAUUCUCUGUGGCAAAGGAAUGAAUUGCUACCAAUUGGUACCAAAUGGCAGACUACCAACCAACUGAGAAUGGUAAGAUUUGGGAUUUAUGUGACUUACACUUUACUAUUGUAGUCAGUUUUUGAAUUUAUUCAGUGUGCUCUUUUCAAAUAAUGAACAGCGCGCAAAUCUAGCGUCCUAAAGCUCUUCGGAUACACUCGAUCGUUAAUAUGGUAGUUAUAAAGACAAUACCGCUCUACAUAAUCUCGAAUAGCUUUUCCGUUGUGUUCUCCGACUAAACUAUUACUCCGUGGCGAUGAUUGACUUAACGCACUUUUUUGUCGUUGCUGCACGCGUAACUUGAAUUACGUACUACAGAUCAUGGAAGUUGUGCAUAUGAUCUGAAUGUAUUUUUCUCCGGGAGAGAGGUGCGAAUAGAAAACAUGACUGACACUGACAUUAUUUGUUUAUUAUUUGACUUUAAACCCUUUAUUUUUUGUGUGUUGGCCACAAUAAUAAUUCAAAAUCUUAUAAUUUCUUGUAUGCUUGGAUAAUUAAGCACAGUGUGCAAUUAAUAAAUAAAUGACUGAGCAAAGUCAUACGCCGAAUUUAGGAAGUUAACGAUUUGAAAUAGCAGAUUUUAUAAACUGUGCAUCUCUCUCAGCAAAUUCUUAUUUUCCAACCUGAAGCUGACCUGAAACUUUUCCGCAAUAUUUGUACGAUUUUUCAACCUAUAAUAUGCAAACUGAAUGUUCGGUAGACACAACAAUAGUUUUUUUUAUUAAAGUAAGGUUGUGAAACUAACAAACAGAUCCAAUUCGUUUCUUCGAUGAUGUUCAGCGCAAUAUUUACGAAACUGCAAAAAUAAAACAAUAAUAACGUAAGCUAAGAUGCGUUUUCCGCUUUAUCUAUUCAAAUUCAGUUGCACGAUCGUGCUAUGAAUUACAACUUGCUUUUACUACUACAACACGUAAUACAUUUCAUACAGCUUAUGGCACAAUUAAAACAAGAAAAACUUAUUUUAACCGUACGCAUAUAUUGUUAUUAUGCGCUUUCAAACGAAAUAUUCGACCAAAAUGAUGUACGUAUAAAGGUGUGCUAUUUUCCUAUUGUGAUACAUUUGCUAAACAAGUACUGUAUAUGUAACCAAGUUUCGUGAUGUUUGAUAAAAGAAAAUAAUAAUCGUAGUUAUGAACUAUGCCUAUCAUCGGUCCAAAUAAAAACUCUAAUAAUGUUUCCACUAGAAUCUUGAACACAAUUCUUUGCCGUCUACGAUCAAUCGAGCCAGUGAGAUUUUAAUUCGUUGUCCAAUUCGGAUACUAGGUAUCUCAAGAUGCUUAUAGAAAAUGCAACAAGUGUAGUAUGCAAAUUUGUAUCUGCAGUGAGCUUUCUCUUACAUUUAGUUUUGGUUCUUGGGAUUUAAGAUAAUUGAUUUACCCGCUCGUAUCACUGCGCAUAAGAAAUAAUACGCGAGUGUUGAAAUAUUGCAGGCAAAAUAACGGUUUAACAAAGACAAAACAAACAAACAACCAUGUAACAAAGUAAUGUGUGCCAUUUUAUACUUUCAUAGUUGCAGUAAAUAUUCUCAUUAAAAAGCAAACAACCGAACGAAUCAAAACCGAAUAAAAAGAAAAACUAAAAUAUUUUAACAGCGAAAAUUUUUCGAAUAUGGUAGUGCUUCAGAUGAUUAAUUCACAAAAAAAUAUAUAUCUAUAAAUGUGAAGUUGAUUUGUCUAGAUUUCUUAUAAGUGGUAAACUUUCACAAAUAAUACAGGAACAUAGAUUUCGAGUGUCGAAAAAACAUUUACUAAUUGGAAACAAAAGAAUCAAAUAGCAGAAAUACCAGAUUCAAUAAAAAUUCGCAUUACCUGGAAAAGGAUUGGUUUCAUUAUUAGUACAGACUAGACAUGAGUGAAGAGUGCAGGUAUCAUUACAGUUACUAUCACACGUCUGAGAUCAGUUCGUUUAUCGGCGAGUUUGUUGCGAAUUGGUUCAAAUUUAGUUUAUUACUACCUUGCAAUACAUUUGCAGUGUCACAUAUCAGUAAGUAAACUCUAUUAUUUUGAUGCAUUCUUAGGUCCUAGGUAACACUGUAUGCUUUUUGGUGAUAGCAAUAAUGCAGAAACGUACAAUACAUUAAUCAUGCAACUAAUUUAAUUUCGCUGUGUAUUCGCUUUAUUAAACUUUUGACAGUUACCGUUAUGUCGAGUAGUUUUGUAAGAAAAUCAAACAAUACCUACAUGUAUAUUUUUUGCUAGCCUUUCACCGACUAUUGGUUUAUGGUUUUACAUAAGUAUCAAAUAUGGGAAAACGACAGUGGCAAAGAUUAGCAGGUUUUGGAAUUAAAAUAAAAAUAUUCUUUAUCGUAAAAGAACUUAGAUGUACUGUUCCUUGGUUGAAAUUGGAGUGUUGAGGUCGAUCCAUAACGAAAAAACUGGUUGUAAUUGUAUAUUUUCUAUAUGGUCAAUUGACUUUCAAUUUACUCUUUUAUUAGUUGAUGUCCACAUUUUCCAAAUUCAAUAUGAAUUCUUUAGUUUUUUGUAUGUUUUCAAUUUUUAUUUCAUCUUGAAUUUGCAAUUUUAUUUUAAUGCCUAUUUGUACCUAUAUUAUUGGAUAGGUAACAUGCAUGCGAUUAUGAGAAGCACCUUGUCGUCUGAUCAAAGACCGAAUGAACGAAACCUAGUUUUUUUUAUUCUUUUAUGCUCUCUUUAAAUAUUUUUUCUGCCUUUUAGUCAUUCUAACUGACAUCGAUGUAAUGAAUUCCUCUCGAGUUUUGUUUUUAAGUUCCAAAUACCUGCAAUAAUCGAACAUACACUGUUGUUAUUUUUUUUUUGUUAAACGAGUUUGACAUAGUGAAUCACGCAAAACAUUUGACUUUCUGAAAUACUUUGUGUGAUGUAUGCAUUAAUUUAGUUUGAAAUUGUUCAGCUCUUUGUGUGAUUUCGGUUGUUUUAGGAAUUAGUUGAUAUACUGCUUUAAAGAUAGCUCCGCAAUAAUAUUACAAUUUGUUUUAAUUCCUCAGUAAAUGAAAAUUUUUCGUGUCUUAAUGUUUCAUGUUUAACAAAAAGUGUGCUGAACAACCUUGAGGUAAUUUUACUUUUCCUCUCAAAGUUUAUUUAUGUUUCUAAUAAUUGAUCUCGUUCUGUUACACGCACACACAAACUUCUUCCAUACAAUUAGCGUAACAAAUUUUAACUUUUACAAAUGAUCUGUUUUGUCACCUUAGAUAAGUUAGCGUCGUAAAAAACGUUCUUAGUCAUUUUAUUACUAUUAUUUGUUCAGGAAUUAUUAGUCAGAAGCAAAGGGUACUGUAAUCAAUUCUUCGCUUUUAUAUGUACCAAGCACAAUAUAAAAUUUGCACGCAGUACCGUUGCAAAAAAAACAUGUAUGAAUACAUACCUAUCAGGUUUCUGUUAAUCAAACAUUCCACUCUUAAUUGGAGCCUAAUACUAUUGCUUUUGAACUAAUUGUGUAGCUCAAUACCCUAUCGUAAAGUAAAAGUUUUAACGAAAUAGUUAUAAUGGUUUCUGAAUUCUUCAAUGCAUUUUGCUCCUGAAUGUGAUACCAAAAAAAAACAGAAAAUAGCGUAGUAUACCAUAUAUCACCUAUCACUCAGAUUGUACUUUUGCAAUAGAUAGAGCUUGUUAAAACUCAAUAAAUGCAGUGAAUUCUAUUUUUAAUACCGUGAGUAGCUGGUUUGCCUUGUUUAUUAUUACACGUUUUACUGUAAUCACUACAAAUAACUGUUUGCCAUCGAUAAAUUUAAGUAACUUUAAGUGUUGUUGUCAUUGUACAUAUAAUCCUGAAUGUUUUAGUCUAAAUGAAAGAUUCAUUCAAGUGAUUAAUGCAGAGCUAAGCAAAUCGUAGGAAAUACAAUUGAAUCGAAUAAAAACAACGGAUUGUAUAUAAGCUAAAAAAACGUAAACGCAAUAAUACAUUUUAGACACUAAUAACAAAGUUUUAUAAUUAGACAAACAAGUAACAUCUAGAGAUCCAAAUAACAAGCAAAAACUAAGAAACAAAAGUAACGACUAUUUUGGGUGUGCCUUUUUAUACAUUGUACAAUUUUGAAUGCGGCCACAUAAUUAAUCCAUUAAUUAUUAACCUCAGAACUUUGUACUAUUUCCUACUCUACACUACUAUAUCGAUACUUGUUUCCAUUCGAUUAUGAUUUGCCUAACCAAUGUAAUCAAGUUAUGUACUAUUUUAUUUCUUCCAUUCUGUAUUCGUAUAACAUCCGAGCACUUAAGCGCAACAUCAUUGUACGCAUAUGAUAUUCCUUCGCAAAUAAAAGCAGCUGCCAUUCAGAGCAAGCCAAUUUCGGUUCAGUCAUUGUAACAAAUACACGCAUGCAUGAUAGUAUUUCAUGUUAUAACAACAGAUCAGUACGAAUUAAAAUGAACCCAAUAAAACCAAACAAUAACAAAGAGUAAUCUAGUGGAAAAAGUAUUUUUUUAUAU